AUGGGUGGUAAACCAUGGACAUCGAGUGGCUGCAAGACAUGCAAAAAGCGCAAACUUAAGUGUGAUGAACAAAAACCCAAGUGUGCUCGAUGCAUCAAGCGUGGUAUUGAAUGCCUUGGAUACGUCGAAAGACGGAUCUUCGUGCAUCAGGCAUCCGCACAACCAGAACUUCUAGACAACGAUACGCAGCGGUCUACACAUUCACUUCAAUAUUCUCGUCGGGCACGAGAAUUUGUAUUACCUGGAGCGCCAAGUACCAGUCCGGUCAUGCGUGUCCAGCUCUCUUCGUCAUUUCUCGACACAUAUUUCCCCAGCCACAUGGAGAAGAUUGCUGGUAUCGACUCUUGGUACUUUUUGUUCAGCAGUUGGGUGAUGCUUCCGAGCAAAAACGAGCUUCUUGACCGAGCUCUGUCCGCUCUCUCUUGCAUCUGUUUAGGCAGGACGAAUGAUGAUCGAGGACUGUAUCAUCACGGGCUCUUACAGUAUAAUAAAGCGAUACGUCUCCAGUCUAACAUGAUCAAUCGAGGCUUGUGUACCGAGGAGAUGUUGUAUUCUGCACUUGUGUUCAUUGAAGUUGAGAGUUACUCCUGUCCCGAGGGCAUGGAAGCAUGGUACACCCAUGCUGUAGGGGCCUACGCACUUAUCAAAAGAUUUGCGAAGCUUCUCAUGAUACUCAUUAUCUCAUCACUCAACGUUUCUGGAGAGGAAUAUAAGCAGAUCGUGCAGUCAAGCCACGAAACCCCUUUUGAUGGAUUGGUCAAGUUAUACGCAGACUCUGCAAUCAUUGCGCAGGCGGCCAACUCUAUAAACCCACGCGACUAUAAAGCUUGUCAAUUGCUGUUCCAUCACAGCCUUGCACAUGAACAUAAUAUAAUAGCAUGGUAUCAGCAGAUCCAAGAAGAAAUAGGCGGAGCUCCUUGGGAAUGCGCUGAAGGAGAAUCAUUAUGCGGCAAACUUGCUCAUAAAGAUGAUUUGUUCGGAACAUCAUAUCGAUUUACCUCUCUUGAGAAUGCCAGGAUGCAUAUCCUGAUUUGGAACCUACUACGAGAUCUCCAGCAAUACAUCUCCAAAGCUCGAAGCCUCGUGGGCGCCUUUGCACACGACAGCCUCUCCAAGGACCAAAUCAAUCGCGAGAGCCAGCUACUCGCAGGCUACUACGCAGAUCAAAUGGCACGCAGUGUUCUUUACUGCGUGCAAGACGACUUCAAAUCAUGUGGCAUCCAAUGUUUAAUAUUUUGUGUUUGCCAAGCCGCCAAGACAUGGAUCGAUGUCAGAAGAGCAGACAAAAUUGCCUGGUCCCAAGAAAUUUUUGACUUUGUAGCGAGCUUAGGCUUCGACUAUGCCAAUCGAUUGAAGGAGACCAUGAUGUCCCAAUGGAUCCAAGGAGAAAGGUCCACUCUUGGGGGCCUGACUCCUAUCAAAGACGAGUUUGAGCGCGUUCGCGAAGUUCGUGAUAUGGCAGGCGUGGGGCUGUCAGCACGUCCGGGGAUGCUAGGGAAACCUUCCAUGUUAGACGUGCCCGAGCUUUCCAGUAUGUCAUCAAAACUGCCAGAUGCCAGGUUGAAUGUGAGGAUACCCAUGCGAGAAAGGGGAAGUACGUUAUGA